GCCAUCUGCAUAGCUUCCGGCAUGGCUGGUGGUGCACAUGGGAAUGUUGCCCUGGCCGGUGAUGGCUCUUUGUCGCCGAAGUCACCGGGGAGACGCGCUUGCUUGAAUCGUGUGCAGCCAUUUGUCAUCGGUAUUGCCGGUGGCACGGCCAGUGGGAAGACCACGGUCUGCACCCAAUUGAUGCAGGCCUUGGGCGGGCAGCGCGUGGCUCUCAUCAGCCUUGAUGAGUUCUACAGGGAUCUCACCGAGGAGGAGUGCUCCAGCAUCACUGAUGUGAACUUUGACGAGCCUGAGGCUUUCGACGUGAAGUGCCUUGCCAACUGUUUGGACACGCUCAGCAAAGGGGAAUUAGCGCAGGUCCCAGUCUACGACUUCGUCACUUCACGACGGUCAACGACUUCUGUUCGGAACGUGGCACCUGCAGACGUUGUGAUUUUGGAGGGAAUCCUGGUACUUCAUCUUCCAGAGACAUUGCGGCGAUGUCACAUGAAGAUCUUCGUUGACACUGAUGAUGAUGUGCGCCUUGCCCGUCGCAUCCGGCGCGACACAGUAGAGCGCGGUCGGGACGUCGAGGCUGUGAUCCAACAAUACACUCGUUUCGUGAAACCCUCCUUCGAGAAAUACAUUUUGCCCAGCCGGAACAAUGCAGAUGUUGUUGUCCCGUGGCGCGAGAGCAACACUGUGGCAGUUGACCUGAUCACCCAGCACAUCCGGACCAAACUAGGUAUGCAUGAGCUUCUCCGCAUUUUCACAAACCUCUACGUCAUGCCCUCGACCAUGCAGACUCGUGGGAUGCAUACAAAGAUCCGAUCACGAGAUACUCCUCGACAGGAGUUUGCCUUCUAUGCGGACCGGAUCAUUCGCCUUGUGGUUGAAGCAGCCUUGGGACAUUUGCCCUUCCAAGAGACUGAAGUGACAACACCGGUGGGCGAGCCAUACCAAGGCGUGGAAUUCAGCCGCAAAAUCUGUGGCGUCUCCAUCAUUCGUUCCGGAGAGGCCAUGGAAAACGCAUUGCGUACAUGCUGCAGUGGGGUGAAGAUUGGGAAGAUCCUAAUCGAUCAAGUCGGUAAAGAAAGGAGCUUGCAUGUGCUUUAUGAGAAGUUGCCUUAUGACAUUGCGGAGCGACAUGUGCUUCUCAUGGAUCCCAUUCUGGCCAGUGGAAACACCUGCGCCGCUGCCAUCGAGGUGUUGACAAAGUUGCGGAACGUCAAGGAGGAGAAGAUUAUUCUGAUCACUAUCAUCGCGGCUGCCAAAGGCAUCAACUUGGUGUGCAGCCGCUUCCCAGGCGUAAAGGUCAUUACCACUGAGAUUGAUGAGGGCAUGGAUGACAACGGAAUUGUCUUGCCCGGUAUCGGAAACUUUGGGGAUAGAUAUUUUGGCACAUGUUGUGCGGCGGAUGAGCCCAGUCGACUUCUCACUGGAAAUUUGUCCUCUGUGAACAGCGAGAGGGCAUCUGAGACAAGUACCAGCAAUGGCAAUAACUGCGCGCAGUAAUUCAAACCUUGUGAGACAUGGAGAACAAGACAUGGCCACGGACCUUCUACGAUCUAAUACGCCUCUUCGCUUUUGCUGGGUCUCUUGCAAUAUGUCAGUUUUUGCCAUAUGCUGUGGCGUAAAUUUAUGAUGCCAUUGAAUGUCAUUGAUGUCUCAGUCGAAAUGCAUUUCUUUUUGCGGUGUAUGCGGCCCUAUGUCUACGUGCUGACUGCGCGUGGUGCCGAAAGAAGAUGUUGCGAUUUGCAGGCUGGUGUUUGGCUGUGAAAAAAGGGUCCAGCCAAGACUCUUGCCCAAAGCGCCAAAAA